AUGCGUGGCAUUGUAAUCGAGGAAUUCAACAAACCAUAUGUCUACCGCACCGAUAUCCCAACCCCAAAACCAAAGCCCGGAGAGAUGCUCAUCAAGAUGAAAGCCGCGGGGUUUUGCCACACAGAACUCAUGGCUGCAAAGGGGGAUUUCAACAGUGCACUACCUAUGGUGCCUGGACACGAGAACGUAGGGGUGAUUUGUGAAAUCGGGUCAGAUGUCAAAGGUGACUUCAAAAUCGGCGAUCGAGUCGGCGUAGGAAUCUUCAGAGACCUUUGUGGAAAAUGCCGUGAAUGCCUCCGUGGUUCUACAAACUACUGCAUCUCCAACACACUCUCCGGUCUAACUAUUGGCGGUGGCAUGGCCGAAUACAUGAUUGCGGACCCGCUAUGGACAGUCAAGCUCCCAGAUGACAUGCCAUUUGAAGUGGCGGCACCACUCAUGUGCGCUGGUUCUACCAUGUACAAUAGCAUCCAGCGCGCAAAAAUACCAACGGGGAGCAUUGUGGCUAUUAUCGGACUGGGUGGGCUGGGACACUUGGGUGUCCAAUUCGCAAAAGUGAUGGGCUAUAAAGUCGUUGCGAUCGAUACGCGAGAUGAGCCCCUCGCCCUAAUGUCCACACUCCCGCCACGGCUCCAACCCGAUCUCGUCCUGAAUGCCAAAUCUGGCGUCCCUGCAGCUCUUGAAGCCAUCUCUACGGCCUUUUCGUCCUCCACCGUUCCCUCUCUCCGUGCCACUGGCGUCGAUUUUGCCCUCGUCUCUACUGACGCCCUCCCCGCCUUUGCCUUUGCGACCGACAUCAUAGAGAAGCACGGCACUCUCGUCGUUGUCGGGCAACCGGAAAAGCCGAUCCCACUGCCAUACAGUGUCUUCAUCUCGACAGAUCUCGUCGUCAUUGCUGGGUGUCUGGGGCAGCCGAGCACAAACAGUGAGAUGUUGGCAACAGUGCAGCGGGAGGGUAUUCAUGUGGAAAGGAGGGCUUAUGAAUUGAGCGAUGUUGAGAAGUUGAUCAAGGAUUACCAUGACCCUGGAAUGAAGGGCAAGUUGAUCUUUAAGAUUGAGGAUUGA